AUGAAUUUUUGCACCCUUAUAAAACAUUUCGCAAGGAAAUUGCCAAAUGAGGCGCUAAUUCCGUUCAGUCUUCCGGAUGCUUCUAUUUUGGUGAAUAAUUUUUUAAAAAUAAAACUCGCAUCAUCAUCUUACUGUCACCCUAAAGGAAGAGCUCAUUGUCACAUUGACAAACAUGAGAAGAUUGGCGAGUGUCAUGGUGAAAAUGAAGAAGAAAAAAAAUCGAUUAAUGAAAGUAAACAAAUUGUAAAGUGGAAUGCUGCUUGCGCAAAAAGGGAUCUUUUCUGUAGUUGA